UAAAAAGAACUAGACACUUUGACGUGUUAUGCAGUUUUUUUUAACCCAAACUAUAUUUUUAUCAAAUUUCAGUUGGAUUGUUCUGACAAAAGAGAGGUGGGUGCGAUGCUGAUCCACAUAAACAAACACAAACACUGUUUUCAAAGAAGCAAAUGACAAUAGACGUCUCUGUGUCGGGGCGGUAUUCCCCCGCUGACCUGAAGGGGGCAGCGCAGCGCCUCCAACCGCCGACACCGAAGAAGAAGCGUCGCGUCUGUCGGUCGGGUAUCCAAUGCAGAGCAAUGGGUCUUCCUGACAGCUGCUGACGCUCUGUGGCGAUCGCCCCCCACACAAACACACACAGCCGUCCGUCAACAUGCAAGGAUUCUACUCCAAGCUCGACUCCUCCUCGUCCCCGCUGCUGGGCGGGGGCCUCGGGGCCGAAGGCGCCCCGGUGCCUCUCAGCCUGGCCGUGGAGACGAAGAAGGCUCAGGCUCUCCUGCAGACGUUCAGCUCCGCCUCCCUGCUGGCGUCGGCGGGACUCGGCGUGUUCUGCGUGGUGGCGGACCACACCCUCCAGCUGUCCGUGGUCCAGAACCACCUGUGGCUGCGCGCCGCCCUGGACAACGCCACGCACGGGCUGGUGGGGCUCUGGUCGUGGGCCGUUGUCAUCGGACUGAGGAAAAAGAGUGACGUGUAUGAGGUGCUGCUCGCCGGCCUGCUGGCAUCCAUCAUAGACCUGGACCACUUCUAUUUGGCAGGAUCCCUGUCACUCAAGGCUGCCGUCUCGCUCCCUCGGCGUCCCCCCCUCCACUGUUCCUCCCUCAUCCCCGUCCUCUGUCUCUCCCUCCGCUUCCUCAUGUGGAUGGGGCGACUCAAAGACGCUUGGUGCUCCUUGCCCUGGAUGCUUUUCAUUUCCAUGGCAACGCACCACGUGCGCGACGCCGUGCGCCGCGGCCUCUGGGUGUGCCCGUUUGGCAACACGGCGCCGCUCCCCUACUGGCUGUACGUCAGCACCACGGCGACGCUCCCCCACCUGUGCUCGGUGCUCAUGUAUUUGACGGGAACCAGGGACGUGAUCUCCACCAAACACGGGGUGGCCAUCGACGUUUAGGAGCGACCGACCACCCAAGAAUCUCCAUGGCAACUCCCACUGUAUGGUUCUGUAAAACAACAAAACGUACAAUUAGACUCUUCCGUGGACCCAAAGGACCCUUUUAAAGCUGUCUCGUAUCGUUCGCGGGGGCUCGUCUGCGAUCCGCCCGUCUCUCCCCCGAAGCUGAUAGGGGACCGGAGAACGCCAACCACUCGUCACGUGAACCCUGUCCGUCCACGUCCUGAGAAGGAACACUCAAGGAAAAGCCCACCAAAGGUUAUCCCUCCCCUGGCUGUGUGUGCGCGCGCGUCACCACGGUUACUCCACUUUGCUGCCACAGUAGUGAAAUGUUGUGUGUUUAGAGUACGCUUCAACUCUUUCACGUCAUCGUGCUGACUUCGGGCCUCCAGCCGUCACCACUUCAGCAACGCUCAGAUGGGUGUUGUUUUCCUUUAUGGAUCAAUAUUUAAAUUGAAGCACCAAACUAGCGAGGUCUCCAGGGUGUUGUGUAAUGGCUGUAGGAUUCUUUUACAUCAAGCCCUCCAGAAGGAGGCACCUGGAGAUGCUGGACGUUUUCAUGCACUGUAUUAACUUGUAUUGUUGUUGGCUAUUUGAUGAAAUGACAGAAUGCACUGAGUCGGCUUCAUGGCGGUGAAACCAUGAUGGAGGACGUGGGUUGUUUGUCUCGCGUGAAUAACAUCCACUAUGACGCAUAUGGAGGUAGGAAGUCAUCCGACUGGAUAAAGAAAGCAGCGUUCCCCAAUACGGUUAAAUCUUUUUGUUGGCACAGUGGCUUUAAUGCCAAUUUAGCCCUUAGUUGAAUUCCCCAGUGUGAUGUUGAAAAACAAUCCAUUUCAGUGUUAAUUGACCUUUAGAGGUCACGCAGUGGCUGCGUAUGUUUCACUGCUGCUUAUGUGACAUCAUUAUGUCAAAGUUGCAUUUUGCACAUCUCUUUAAGUUAUGUUUGCUGUUUUUGUAUGACGAUCAUUUGAUUAAUAGUAAGUAUUGAUAUUAACAGUUUGAAAGUAGUGUUUAUCAAUAAAAUGUCUGUUUGCAACAAAA